AUGCCCUCUCCCUCUCAUUUGCCCAUUUCCCAUGGCCCUAGCGCCAACCGGCCAUACGAACUGUCGUUCUGCUGCCGACCGGAGACGAGAGGAUCUCGGAUCCCUCCAGAAUCUCUUGUCAACUUCCGAUCUCUACCCCUUCCAGCUCACCUCGGCACCAUCUGGCACGUCUGUCCCAUCGCAACUCCUCGUCGGCCAGCCGCCUCUGACGCCGGACCGGCUGAGUGGGCUCCGCCACACCUUCCUACCUCUCCGCAGCCUUUCAUGUUUGGGCCAAGUUUGAGGCCAAACCCGGUCGUGUGUGUGAUUGUGUACGUGCUUGUCUGUGUGUAUUUGUGGAAGCCAGGCUCUGAGGUCGAAAACAGCAGGAUUUUAGCCCCGGGCGCCAAAAGUCAUCAUUUCCUCCAGCCACCCGUCUCCACGCCGACAAGUCACUCGGUCACUCUCACUCCCAGUUUGCCUCUCUCUCCUCCUCCUAUGCCGACUUUACUUCUCUAUCACGUGCUCUCUCCCCGCCAAUACUGUGUGUUCCGUUGCCGCACUGCCUUCUCAUCUUCCCUGUCGCCAGGUCGCGGCCUGUCGCGUCCGAGCGUACUGAGGCGAGUUGUCAAUCUACUCAACACACUUCUCGAGACGUUUGGUACCGAGGCGAGGCCAAAUCACUCACUGUUGGGUCGUCAUAUUUCCGGCCGGAAUUGCCUGCCUUCCUGCCUGCCGGAGACUCGAAAAGUCAGUCUUGAAGACCACUCAGCCCCGCCCGGUCAGCCGGUCAGAGAGUUAGAGGCUGGGUAG